CCCCGCCCCGGCAGCGGGAGGCGGAGUGAGGAGCUCGGCUGCGUGCGACCUGCCCGGCCUCUCGGGCGCCCGGCGGGAGGGGAAGAGGACGGUGACUUGGCGGCUCGGAGCAGGCGCUACCGCAGUUCGGCUGGGAGUCUCUGCUGCCCGCACACGCACAGCCCUCGCCGCGCCGCCAUGUCCAAGGAGGAGAAGAAGCCGUUCAGCCAGACCAUGGCCGAGUGGCGGCAGUUCGUGUACAACCCGCGCAGCGGCGAGUUUCUGGGGCGCACGGCCAAGAGCUGGGGUCUAAUCUUGCUGUUUUAUCUGGUAUUCUAUGGUUUCCUAGCAGCACUCUUUACGUUCACAAUGUGGGUUAUGCUUCAGACCCUGAGCGGAGAUAUUCCCAAAUAUCGUGACCGGAUUUCUAGUCCAGGACUUAUGAUUUCACCAAAGCCAGACACUGCAUUGGAAUUUUAUUUUAACAAGUCUGACUCCAAGUCAUAUACAGAAUAUGUUUCUACCCUUAAACAAUUUCUAAAGUCUUAUGAUGAUUCAAAACAAUCCAAAAACAUAGCAUGUACCGCAGGAAAACUGUUUGAGCAGAAUGAAGAUCGUGCUGUUAAGCAGGCAUGUCAGUUUAAUCGCACUAAGCUUGGAUCAUGUUCUGGAGUGGAAGAUGACACUUUUGGCUAUGCUAAAGGAACUCCAUGUGUGCUUGUGAAAAUGAAUAGAAUAAUUGGAUUAAAGCCUGAAGGAGAACCACAUAUACAAUGUUCACCUAGGGAAGAAGGCAAGGUUCAGAUAACUUAUUUUCCUGAUGGGGGAAUGAUUGAUUUAAUGUAUUUUCCAUACUAUGGAAAAAAAUUACACGCUGACUAUCUACAGCCGCUAGUGGCUGUUCAACUAGCAAUUAACUCCAGCAGUACCAAAGAAGAUGUAACAAUUGAGUGUAAGAUUAUGGGAUCUCCCAAUUUAAAAAAUGAAGAUGACCGUGACAAGUUUCUUGGACGAAUUUCCUUCAAAGUUCAGAUGUCUGAAUAGCAUGAGUCAAUCUCCACAAAGUAAACAUUGUGUUGUCUGUUUUUUUAUUUUAUAUCAGCUGGACGUGUCAUUCCAGGAUAUAAGACCACCUGGGAUAAUGUGGCACAUGGCAUUCAGGGUAGCAUAAUAGUGUGCUUCCAAAUCAUAUUUAAAAUCCCUCAAAAUAACUGCCUGUCAAGCUUCUGUCUGCCCCACUGGACCAGUGUACAGACCAUAGUUAUGUGAUAUUAGGGACCUGUAAAUAGUUGAUUCCAGACAUGUAAUAAUGGUGGUCUUUGUCUGUUCUAAAAUGUGGUUUUAUCCCCAAGUGACUGUCUCAAACAUAAUGUGCUGUGCUAUGUAAAUACUGUAUUGAUUUAACACUGGUUUGACUGUCAUAUCUCAGCACUGAUACAGUUUUAGGGAUCAAAUGAUAAGAAUAAAUGGUACCUGACCAACAUAGUUAUUU